UUUGCGUUGGCGUCAGUUUGUAUAUAAAGACAACUUACUUUUUGUUUCAGGCUGAACACGACACACGUCCAAACAUGUUGCCCAAAUUAGCGGCGCUUUACGUGGCAGUCCAGCUGUUUGACUCAGUCUGCCCUCAGCUGCUGCCUAUACCGACACGGAUCCGGACACCGUACCCGGCAUCGCACUCGACCCCAACACCAGUCACGGUGGAGCUGCCGGAGUACCGAUGCCGCAACGUCUUGCCCUAUGACUUGUGUCGAUUCUACUCCUCGGGGUGUAGAGCUAAAGGGGCUCAGAUGAAGUGGGCCGUCAAAUACUGCCCAGACUUCUGUCAGUUGUGUGUGAGAGACGACUAUUGUAAAGACCAGAGUAGUGCUUGUACUGACGGUUCCAGAUUUGUCGGGUGCAGUACAUCGGAGUGGGGAUACAAUAACUGCCACUACUCCUGUGGACGCUGUGUGCGUACCGUCAUAACGUGUAAAGACAGAAUAUCAACCUGCAGCGGCGUCAGCAAAGAAGUCUGUUCAUCAAGCUUCUCAUCGUGGGCUUGGAACAACUGUGCAAAGUCAUGUGGAUUGUGCAAUGACACGUCCAUCCUCGGAUCUACACCUUGGCUACACGCAACAAACACUGGGUGCAAGCAAUCCCACGGAAGUACACCAUGUUUUACUGGUUACACACCAUACCAAAUUCCACACCCUGGGCCUAGCAGAUACCCGAUUGGAAACACACCCAGCCCUGGAGCCACGCCUUACCUUGGACCAACACCUUGGCCAAUUGGUUUCAUACCAUACCCUGGGGCGACUCCAUACCCUGGACCUAGCAGAUACCCGAUUGGAUACACACCCAGCCCUGGAGCCACGCCUUACCUUGGACCCACACCUUGGCCAAUUGGUUACACACCAUCCCCUGGGGCAACUCCAUACCCUGGACCCAGUAGAUACCCGAUUGGAUACACACCCAGCCCUGGAGCCACGCCUUACCUUGGGCCAACACCUUGGCCAAUUGGUUUCAUACCAUACCCUGGGGCAACUCCAUACCCUGGACCCAGUAGAUAUCCGAUUGGAUACACACCCAGCCCUGGAGCCACGCCUUACCUUGGACCCACACCUUGGCCAAUUGGUUACACACCAUCCCCUAGGGCAACUCCAUACCCUGGACCCAGUAGAUAUCCGAUUGGAUACACACCCAGCCCUGGAGCCACGCCCUAUCUGGGGAAACCCCAUAUCCCAUCGGCUAUGUCCCUUGGCCAGGUGCAACGCCUUACCCAGGACCAAGAAUAGGAUGAAUUGACGUCAUAUACUAUGUAUCGCUGUAAAGAAAUGUGAUGAUAAAGAAUCAUGUUGUUCCAUGA